AUGCUGCACAGCCCGGCGGCCGCCUGGCGCGACCUGCCGGCCACCACGCCGGAGCCGCCCGCCAAGAGCCGCUUCGACAUCGAGUCCCUGCUGGCCAGGCCGGGCCCGGCCCGCCGGAGCCCGCUGCCGCCCGCCGCCUGGCCCGCCCCGCGCCUCGCCUGCGCCCUCGGGCCGCUGCCCUGCCCCGCCGUCUACCUGGCCGAGCCGCCCGCGGCCUUCCUGGCGCCGCCUCGCCCCUGCGCCCAGCCCCACUGCAAGAGGCCAGGCCUGGAGAUUUCUCCAUGUGCAGCAGCUGCCCACUCCCUGGGGGCACCCCUCGCGUGGCGUUCAGGGGGUCCCUGCAAGAUGAAGAGGGUCCGUACCGUCUUUACGCCGGAGCAGCUGGAGCGCCUGGAGAAGGAAUUCCUCAAGCAGCAGUAUAUGGUGGGCACUGAGCGCGUGGACCUGGCUGCCACUCUGCGCCUCACGGAGACGCAGGUGAAGGUCUGGUUCCAGAACAGGAGAAUUAAGUGGCGGAAGCAGAGCUUGGAGCAGAAGGCCGCAAAGCUCUCUCAGUUUGGGGCAACGCAGCUGAUGCCUGCUGAACGGUCUGAGGAACAGGACAGUGGAGAAGACCCCGUGGAAGUAGAGGUCUAG